AUGAUCUUGCUUCUGCCAGUCGUAAGUAGCGGUAUCAUCGACAAACAUGACUGUAGUAUCUGUGCCGGUUCAACGUAUCAAAUAAAAAUAUCCCUUGGCGGUGGUCAAUACGCCUAUGGAGCUUUUGUUCUUCAAGAGGACCAUACAAUUGUAGCAAUUGAUAGUACACAAAGUGGUAUUGCUUCAGGAAGCAAACUCGCAUCUCUACCGUUUACUGCCUCGAUUGGAAAAUGGAGUUGUUGUGAAAGAAAUAAAGUUAAGCUUCAAGUUCUUAAUUAUAAUCUUCCGGUACUUGGUAAUACAACUCCAGGUUCAAUGGCUCUUGUUACUACCUUUUUGACUGUCACAAAUCAUGGUCAAAAUGUGAAAGGAACACUCGGAUUCUCAAACUAUCCGCUCGGUGUUAAUCCAACUGCUGCCAAUGGAUAUUUUUAUUUGAUACGUUGA